AUGGAUGGAGCACUAAAAACGAUUCAAAAUAUACAAAAGGAGCUACAUAUAUCAAAUGCAAAACCUAUUCUAAAACCAGCUACCGAUAAAGCCAAUGGGAAUGGAUACGAAAUAGAAGAGAAGCUGACAAAUAUUUCAUCUCAAGCUAAUGAAACUAUACAACAUAUUAAAGACCUUCAUUCAGCAUUUGAGCGAAUAAUGAACAGAGAGCAGACCCACGUCACUCAGCCACAAGUCCCGGAAUAUAAAAAUAGCUUUUUAGAGUCACAGUUGAACUCAAUUUCAAUUCUUGUCACAGAAACAAAGAAUUUAAUCAAAGAAUUACAGAGCAGACCUAAUGUCAUAAAACAAACUGAAGAGGUACAAAGUGAACAAACAAAAAUAAUAACCGACACACUAACUCAACAAAUCAAUAAAAUGAUUAUCGAACUUAACGACAUAAAAGAACUGGAACUGAGUCAAAUAGCUUGCCAAGGAAAUCCUGGUAUCGGUGCCGAGCUCAUGAUGGUAGAAAUAAGGGAAAAGUUAAGCGAAAUCCUGAAUCAAUGCUGCGGGACAGCAACAUCGACAAACACACCCGUCACCAACAUUGCUGAGGGUAUUAUAAGCAUAAAAACUGACCGAAAGGCAGAUAUAAUAAAAGAGUCUACCACACCUGGGGCUCCCACGCGCUCUUAUGCAGAGGUGUUGGCGAGGCCUCACUUUGCUCUAAUCGUAGAAUCCGCUGACCCCAGACACACUAGUGAUGACGUGGCAAAAACAGUCAAGAGCCAUGUUGAUGUUGUGGAGCUUGGAUUAGGAGUGAACAACGUUAGAAAAAUCAAAAACCAAAAAAUUAUUAUAUCUUGUGAUAGCGAGGAUGACAGAAGCAAACUGCAGGAGGCAAUAAAGAACUCGGACCAAAAAUUAACCGCUGCGAAAACAGUAUCUAAACAGCCUUUGCUUAAAUUAGUCGGAGUAAUCAACGAUCUGGACAAUAGUAAAAUUGCAGAUGCGUGUAACCUUGGUAGGGGUCUCGUAGCUACACAGGAGUGCUUACAAAACGCUACAAGAAAUAAAACAUCUAUUGCACUUCUCCAAGAACCACAUGUGGGUGCAUCGGGUAAUGUGAAUAUAUCAUACAAAACAGUUCAGAAAACAGAUAAUCGAUCUAAGCCUGUAAAGUCUGCUGUUGUUGUCAUUGACCCCAAUAUAUUAAUAAUCGAAGAUAGUAAAUUUAUCACAGAAAAUAUAGUAGGUGUUAUUAUUGUAAGUAAAAAUAAUAAUAUAGGAUUGAUCUCGAUAUACUGGGAAGACUAUGAAAACAUCGAAAAUUACAUACAGCAAUUGAAUACCAUUAUUAAAAAUAUGAAUACACCUUUUAUAAUUAUUGGAGGCGACUGCAACUGUAAUAGUCAAUGGUGGGGAUGUGACAAUGAGGAUGCCAGAGGAAUAUUGCUCUCGGAGUUCCUUGCUGAAGCAAGUUUGGAAAUUAUUAAUGAAGGCCGUACUCCUACAUUCUAUACCAUAAGACAGGGAGUAGAAUGCAAGAGCAUAGUAGAUAUAACAGUUUGCUCUGUACCUACUAUGACUAAGAUACUGAACUGGACAGUCAACCCAAACAUAGUCACCACCUCAGAUCAUAGAGCAAUAACUUUUGACAUAUGCAUAGGUCCUGAAGAAACAAGGAAGGGGAUUAGAAAAUCUACAAGGAUUUACAAUUCCACUAAGGCCGACUGGAAUAGAUUUAAUAAAGAACUUAUAACUAAUUUGGAAAAUAAGGGAUUAAAUACGAAAGAAGUGACACACAUACAGACUGGAAAAUACCUUGAAGACGCUAUAUUAAAAUUAAAUGAAUGCAUAACUAAAGCCUGUGAUAAAUCUAUGCCCAAACUAACAAAUACCAAAUUCAUCAAGAAGAUCAAAUGGUGGAACAACGAACUAGACCUAAAAAAAGAAGAAAGUUAUAAGGCUAAGACGCAAAAUACGACAUGCCAACGAGAACAGAAAACCUUAUAUUAUAGAUGA